GUGCGAGAUCACUCGCUGGCCAGCACCUCCUCCAAAGUUCGCGUGGUGGCCAUUGGCAUCGCACCCUGGAACAUGAUCCACAACCGAGAGGCGCUGCUCGCCGCCAAGGGGGACGAGCCGGCGGUGUACCAGCCCCAGGACCUGCCCCACGGCUCGGUCUACUCCCUGGACAGCCACCACUCUCACUUUGUGCUGGUGGAGGAGGAUCCCAACAGACCCGGAGCCACCAGCGAGAUGAGGGUGAAGCUGCUGAAGCACAUCUCUCUGCAGCGCACCGGAUACGGAGGCACAGGAAGUUUUGAGAUCCCUGUUUUGUGUCUGCUGUGCCACGGAGAGCCCAGGAUCCUGAAGAGGAUGUAUAAAGGCAUUGGCAAUUCGACACCAUGGCUGAUCCUGGCAGGCUCCGGAGGCGUGGCCGACAUCCUCGUCACGCUGAUGAAUAGGGGCUGCUGGGAUACGGACAGCGUUCACGAGCUGCUGCUGGACACCUUUCCAAACGCUCACCACAGCACAGACAUCAGUAACUGGGUCAAGCUGAUCCAGAAGAUCCUGGACCACCGGCACCUCCUCACGGUGCACGACCCCGAGCAGGAGAGCUCCGAGCUGGACACGGUCAUCCUCAAAGCUCUGGUCAAGGCUUGUAAGAGCCAAAGUCAAGAGGCUCAGGACUUCCUGGAUGAACUGAAGCUGGCCGUGGCCUGGAACAGAGUGGACAUCGCCAAGAGUGACAUCUUUAACGGAGACGUGGAGUGGAAGGCGUGUGACCUUGAAGAAGUGAUGAUGGACGCUCUGAUCAACGACAAACCCGACUUUGUGCGCCUCUUCGUGGACAACGGCGUGAACCUGGGCGAGUUCCUCACCUACGGCCGCCUGCAGGAGCUGUACUGGUCGGUGUCGGAGAAGAGCCUCCUGCACAACCUGCUGCUCAAGAAGUACGAGGAGAAGCAGGUUCUGCUCGGAGCCGCCAGGACUCACGGCCCGCCGGGGCACCAUCCCCCCGAGCAGGGGGACCGCAAGUCCCGAUUCACCCUCUACGAGGUCGCCAAAGUGCUGAAGGACUUCCUCCACGACUCCUGCAAAGGCUUCUACCAAAAGAUCCCCACAGAGAAGCCGGCAAAGGGUCGAUUGUUCCACAACCAGAAGAACUUGGCGGAGUUAGAGGAGCGCUGCGAACAUCCUUGGAGAGAUCUGUUCCUCUGGGCCGUCCUUCAGAACCGACAGCAGAUGGCCAACUACUUCUGGGCCAUGGGCCCCGAGGCGGUUGCGGCAGCGCUGGCGGGUUGUAAGAUUCUGAAAGAGAUGGCGCGACUGGAAUCCGAGGCCGAGUCUGCACGCAGCAUGAAGGAGGCCAAGUAUGAGCAGUUCGCCCUUGAUGUCUUCGGCGAGUGUUACUCCAACAGCGAGGACAGGGCUUACGCUUUGUUAGUGAGGAGAACACACUGCUGGAGCAAGUCUACCGUCCUCAACUUGGCAACUGAAGCGGAUGCCAAGUCCUUCUUUGCCCACGAUGGAGUUCAGGCUCUGCUCACAAAGAUCUGGUGGGGGGCCAUGACGACGGACACAGCCAUCUCCAAACUGGUGGUGUCCUUCUUCUGCCCACCGCUCAUCUGGACCAACCUCAUAAAGUUCAGCGACGAGGAGCUCGAUAAUCGAAACGGUAACGAGCAGUUUUCGGAGCUGGACAGCCUGGACACAGAAAAGGCUUUACUGCUGACCGACGACGACGACCCCCUAGAUUCUCCUCCCGGAGGCCCGGCGGCUCAGAGCUGCGCCUCGGUCUGGUGGCGCUUCCUGCUGCGUCGCUGGCGUCGCUUCUGGAGCGCCCCCGUCACCGUCUUCCUCGGCAACGUCAUCAUGUACUUCGCCUUCCUCUGCCUCUUCACCUACGUCCUGCUGCUGGACUUCCGCCCGCCGCCGCUCGGCCCCAGAGCCGCGGAGAUCAUGCUCUACUUCUGGGUCUUCACCUUGGUGCUGGAGGAGCUUCGACAGAGCUUCUUCACUGACGAGGAGAUGAGCAUCUUGAAGAAGUUCAAGCUGUACGUGGAGGACAACUGGAACAAGUGUGACAUGGUCGCCAUCUCGCUGUUUGUUGUCGGAGUUUCGUGCAGGAUGGUGGACCACACGUACGAGGCGGGCAGGACGGUUCUGGCCAUAGACUUCAUGGUGUUCACUCUCCGUCUGAUCCACAUCUUCGCCAUCCACAAGCAGCUCGGCCCCAAGAUCAUCAUCGUGGAGAGAAUGAUGAAGGACGUCUUCUUCUUCCUCUUCUUCCUGAGCGUCUGGCUCAUCGCCUACGGAGUCGCCACCCAGGCGCUGCUCCACCCCAACGACCCGAGGAUCGACUGGGUGUUCCGCAGAGCUCUGUACCGGCCCUACCUGCACAUCUUCGGCCAGAUCCCCCUGGAAGAGAUAGAUGCUGCUCGCAUGCCUGAAAUGAACUGCACCAAUGACUCAGAGGAGAUUAUCAUGGGCCUGCGGCCGCCGUGUCCCAACGUCUAUGCCAACUGGCUGGUCAUCCUGCUGCUGGUUAUCUUCCUCCUCGUCACCAACGUCCUGCUGCUCAACCUCCUCAUUGCCAUGUUCAGCUACACCUUCCAGGUGGUGCAGGGCAACACGGACAUCUUCUGGAAGUUCCAGCGGUACAACCUGAUCGUGGAGUACCACAGCCGCCCGGCGCUGGCUCCGCCCUUCAUCAUCAUCAGCCACCUGUCGCAGGUCCUCCUCAGCCUGGUCAAACGGCCCGAGUCCAAGCAGGAGCAUCUCGGUCUGAAGCUUCCUAUUUCAUUCGGGAUUAUUAAGCCAUUCUGUUCCAUUUCAAGCAGAUACUGAAACAGUUCCCCGCGGCUCGUCUGGCUAAAUUAGAAUGAAAUGGAAUACAGGCAAACACACAGCGAGCUUAUCUCGCUCCCUCACCUCCUCUCUCCAUGGAAAUUGCCUGUUAGGUUAAUUGAGUGUGUGUGUGUGUGUGUGUGUGUUGCCAGAGAGGGAGCUGCCGGCGGGCCUGGACCAGAGGC